AUGGAGCCUUUCACUCUAUUAAAUAUCACACAUGCUUGUCCAGCACCAUUGAUAGCUUCUCCUAUAAGCAAUUAUACCAGUAAAACUUGUAUUGGGGGAUGUUGCCUUCCAUGUCCCUUCAUAAAUAAUUUCUAUCCACCAGCUCAAAUAGAUACGAUAUAUACAGCUUUGAGUAUUGUCAGAGUUCUUUCAUUUGUUUGUAUUUUAACUAUUGUGAUAAGUUAUUCGAUGCAGCAAAGUAAAAGAGAAAAUCCGGCCAUGAUCGUUCUUCUUUUAAACGCUUUUCUCUUAGUAUUUCUCAGUGUCACUUUUUUUUACAUUGGAAAUCACAAGGAUAUUCAAUGUGCUGACAAGUUCACUCAAUCUACUAUGGAAAACAAUAUUCUUUGCGGGAUACAAGGAGUAUUGUUGAUCCUAUCAACGUUUCUUCUUAUUUUAUAUUGCUUACUUUUAAUCCUACAAUUACACGUUCAAGCUGUUUGGAAAUCAAAUUUACUUCAGAGAUAUUAUGUUCAUACACAAGUAUUUAUUUGGAUGAUAUCAUUAUCAUUUACCUUCAUACCAGCUGCCACAAAAAAUAUUUCAUUCGACUUUGGUGCCGUUUGUUUGGUUUCUGGAAAAAUCUCUAUAACAAUGUUCUGGACUCCGCUGGCCAUUUUUGUUAUACCUGCAUUUUUGAUUCAUUUUAUGACUUUUAUUCAUAUUUCUAGGGCACAAUGGAUGUUAGCGCGUGAUUUUGAAAAUUCAUCCUUAGGAACGGUCAUAACACGAUCAAGUAUCUCUGUGGGUGGUCCUAUCACCGGUCAAGAUGUUUUAAACGUCAUUAAGAUUCAAUGGCGCUCUUUAUUGUUAACAAUGAUUUUGAUAUCUACUUUCAUUGUCUUUAUGAUAUAUUCAAUUUUGGCAACACACCAAUUAUCUCCAUUUCUAUCAGACUCAACAGAUCUUUCUCCAUGGAUAUUUGAAUGGAUAUCUUGCCUUAUGAAUUAUCAGUCGACAAAUAAUGGUCAAAUGUAUUUACACGGACUUGACAGUAAAGGUGAUCACGGAGCCGGUGAUUUGGUGGGUCAGAGACGAAUCAAUGAUCCAGAAGACUGUUCAGUCAAAGACAAUAUCACUGGUUGUAAACCCUCAUUUGUAUUUUCAAUUUCCAUAUUAUAUGAUUCUGAAACUUGUGUGGAACCACUAUUUAUUAUAUCAAUAUUAACUGAUUGA